AUGUCCCUGGCUGAGGCCAUCAGCCUCUGGAAUGAUGGGGUGCUGGCAGCCGACAAGAAGGACUGGAAGGGAGCCCUGGAUGCCUUCUCCGCAGUCCAGGACCCCCACUCCAGGAUCUGUUUCAACAUCGGCUGCAUGCACACAGUCCUGGGAAACUGGGCGGCGGCAGAGAAGGCCUUCUCCAGAACCAUUAACCGAGACAAACACCUGGCAGUGGCCUACUUCCAGCGAGGGAUGCUCUACCACCAGAUGGAGAAGUACGAUUCUGCGAUUAAAGACCUGAAGGAGGCCUUGGCUCAGCUCCGGGGCAACCAGCUGAUAGACUACAAGAUCCUGGGGCUGCAGUUCAAGCUGUUUGCCUGCGAGGUGUUAUACAACAUUGCUUUCAUGCAUGCCAAGAAGGAGGAAUGGAAAAAGGCCGAAGAACACUUAGCACUGGCGAUGAGCAUGAAGUCGGAGCCGAGACAUUCCAAAAUUGACAAAGCCAUGGAGUGUGUGUGGAAGCAGAAGCUGUACGAGCCGGUGGUGAUCCCCGUGGGCAGGCUCUUCCGACCCAAUGAGAGGCAAGUGGCCCAGCUGGUGAAGAAGGAUUACCUGGGCAAGGCUACGGUGGUGGCAUCUGUGGUGGAUCAAGACAGUUUCUCGGGAUUUGCCCCUCUGCAGCCGCAGGCAGCGGAGCCUCCCCCCAGACCCAAAACCCCCGAGAUCUUCAGGGCCCUGGAAGGGGAGGCUCACCGUGUGCUGUUCGGGUUUGAGCCCGAGACCUCGGAGGAGCUCCAGGUUCAGCCCGGGAACAUCGUCUUUGUCUUGAAGAAGGGCAACGACAACUGGGCUACGGUCAUAUUCAACGGGCAGAAGGGGCUUGUUCCCUGCAACUUCCUGGAACCCGUGGAGCUGCGGAUCCAUCCUCAGCAGCAGCCCCAGGAGGACGCUUCCCCAGAGUCUGACAUCCCAGCUCCGCCCAGUUCCAGUGCUCCAGGAAAACCCCAGCUGUCACAAGGUCAGAAAGAAAAAGAAGAGCCCAAGGACAUAAAGCUCAGUGUCCCCAUGCCCUACACACUCAAGGUGCACUACAAGUACACGGUGGUCAUGGAGACCCAGCCCGGAUUCCCCUACAGCCAGGUGCGGGACAUGGUGUCUAAGAAACUGGAGCUCCUGCCGGAACACACGAAGCUGAGCUAUCGGCCCAGGGACAGCCAUGAGCUAGUGCCCCUGUCCGAAGACAACAUGAAGGCUGCCUGGGGCCAAGUGAAAAACUACUGCCUGACUCUGUGGUGUGAGAACACAGUGGGUGACCAAGGCUUUCCAGAUGAACCCAAGGAAAGUGAGAAAUCGGAUGCUAAUAGCCAGACAUCAGAACCACAGCUGAAGGAAGGGAGCCAAGUGGUAGCAAUCUUCAGUUACGAGGCUACCCAACCAGAAGACCUGGAGUUUCUGGAAGGGGACGUAAUCCAGGUUCUGUCCAAGGUGAACGACGAGUGGCUGGAAGGGGAGUGCAAAGGGAAGUUUGGCAUUUUCCCCAAGGCUUUUGUUAAAGAACGUGCAGCCGCAGACCUGGACAGCACUCCCAGGGCAGUCUAG